CAUACAUCAGAUCACCCUGACAGCUCAGCCGACAUGGACCGUAUGAGCAGGAAUAAAGUGGAACAUGGGCGACAGACGCACCAGGUCUUACAGAGUACUCCUUUAGACCUGAUUGAGACAGGCAAGUCCCUGAAAGUCCAGGCAGAACGCCCCCACCUGGUUAGUUUGGGAAGUGGACGCCUGAGUACAGCCAUCACCCUGCUACCACUGCUGGAAGGGAGAACCACAUUAGGCAGCGGGGUGACAGAUAUCCCACUGCAAGGCCCCAGCAUCGCAGCUCAGCACUGCUACAUUGAAAACCAGGCGGGCAGCAUCACCUUGUACCCAUGUGGAAACCAGUGCUCUGCAGAUGGCCUUCCCAUCACCAAACCCUAUCGCCUGUCACAAGGGUGCAUGCUGUGUUUUGGUCAGUCGGCUUUUUUCCGCUUCAACCAUCCAGAAGAGGCCCUGAGGAUAAAGAGCAUGCUGCCUGGAGGGAGCCACGGACUGAGCACCGCAAGAACUCAUCCCUCUGACUCCCAUAGCACCCUGAACGGGAACCAUCAGUCUUUUUCCAGUAACGGCGAGUCCAAAAUCAACAACAUAGCAAAGGACCUACAGGAAUCUCUGGUGCUGAAGGCCACAUCAUCAUCACCAGGUUCUGGUAAACAGCCUGUUCCUCAGACCUGUCCUCUUAACACACUCAAUGGGAGAAACGGCUCCAUGAAAGAGAGGUCCAUCAGUGAGAACAGCAGCAGCUCUCUGGGGCAGAACCUUGGCAACAAAACCCCUCCAGUACCUGUCAGGUCCAACAUUCCUGUCCCCCAUCAACGGAGUUCACUCUCUGUGGCAUCCAGCAGAACUAGUGGUGGUCAGAGGGCCCAGGAGAGCCCAAAGCUUCUGAGGAACGUAAGGGCAGAGGCUACGUCAAGCCCCACACCCCCUGGCAGGGGGUCUGGACAAGGUUCAGAAAACUCUAGUCUAAGUCACAGACCAUCCCUUGUCAAAUUUUCCCCAACAGCUCCAUCCAGCCCUCGAGCAAGAGGUUCCUCAUUACAGAAGAGAUCCCCCAGCCCCAUGAGAGAUCAAGGUCAGCAGCACUCUCAUGUAGAUGUUCCUCAAAGGCUCAGGACACCAGAGCCUACUGGAUCCACCAGCCUGAGAGAGCUUCCACCUCUCAGCCCUUACAUGUCCCGCAGAGGGACUCCAGGAUCACAGGGCUUGGCUUCCUCCUUCACAACACAAAGCUUCACUGCUAUACCUGUGCCUGAGAGCCCCCAGGGCCACCACAAACUCAUGGCUCCUUCAAAAGCAGAAGCCAUGAGGGCACUGUAUGCCCAGAAUCCAUCACCAGUCUCUGGGCAGGAGAAGCAGUUGAGGCCCAGCGCCGGAAAUCCUCUCAUCUCAGGCUCGAAUCCCCUGUCUGGUUCAUCUCCUCUCUCUAGCCCACACAACCAAAGAAAGACCCCUUGUGUGACCUUGACAGGAUCAUCUAGCAAAGAACCAAGUCUUAUGAAACCAUAUACCCGGGAACGCAAGAAUAGCAUCUCUGCUAUCAGUGACAAUGAGGAUGAGUUGCUGGAAUACCACCGCUGGCAGAGAGAGGAGAGGCUGCGUGAGCAGGAAAUGGAGAAGCUGGAGAGACAGAGGCUGGAGACCAUCCUGAAUCUUUGUGCAGACUACAACCAUGAGGACAGUGCUGUGGAGCUGGCUGAAGUGGUGAGGCGUGGGCUGUUAGAGGGCGCUAGAGCAACCUGCUCAGACACAGGAGGGGUGAUGUCCCUCCAGGGUGUAGACAGACCCCAAAGGAUGAGAGAGAAUGAUGAGGAGACCCAGAGAGAGGAGUCUAGCAGCACAGAAAGCACACAUCAAGAGUGUGAAGAGCAGGAGCAGAUCUACAUGGAGGAGGAGAGGAACAGGAUUUUAGCCAGGGUUGAUGACUUAAAGCACAGAGUCAGUGAGCUAGAGCAGCAGCUACAAGAGACCAAACAAGAGGUGGAAAUGGAGCAAGCUCUGCUGCAGGCAGAGAGGCAGACAGAGCAGGAGCAGGUGGAGGCUGAAAAUGAAAUCAUCUCUCAGCUGCAGCUUAAAUUCAGUCAGCUGGACAAGGCCGCCCAGAAAGAGAAGGAGAAGGGGAGGGCUAAUGUGUCGGCUGAGCGGAAGGUCCUGGAAAAGCAGAGGAAUGAGUACAAUGAACUGAAGAGGCAGUUUGAUAAGUGCCCCUUGUCUCUAAGGGAACAGUUACAGGAGCAGCUCAGCAGGAAAGCUGAAGCUCUGGAGUCUGGGACCAAGCAGUUUGAGGAGCUGGAGUUCUGCCAACUGGAGGAGGAGAGCAGUCUGGAAGAGAAGAAGGAGACACAGAGCUCGCAGCUUCUCCAAGAGCGAGCCGAGUAUCACUGCAACGUGGCCAAGAGGAAGGAGAAGAUGACUGCUCUGGAAGCUCAGGUGAAGCAGCUGGGCUUACAGGCAGUUCAAGAUUGUGAGAGGAUGGCUAAAGACAGGACGUUGACUGUGCAGCUGUUACACAAGGAGCAGGACAGGUUAUGUGCCCUGGAGAAGAGGUACCACACCUUGACAGGAGGGAAACAUUUCCCAAAGCCUAACAGCAGCAUGAAAGAGAACUGGCUUCACAUCAGCGAACCUGAUCUUGCUCAUGUGGACGGUCCUCCUCAUAGCUCCUGUCCCUCCUCUGCCUCCUUCUCCUCUUCCUCUCACAUCCCUUCCCCUGAACUCUAUCCUGUUAGGCUACAGGAGGAGUACCUCAGGCUGUCUGAUGUGUAUAAGAUGUAUGGAAAUGCUUCCAUGCAACCUCACUCUCCUUCCCCUGCUGCUCUCCACUGCCUCUCCCUUGCUGUAGCUCCAGCUCUGCCAUGUGAGGAGUACAUCACAGUCAAUCAGUUAAGCCAGAUCUUUGGGAUGCAGAGAGUUAAUCCCUCCUCUUCCUCAUCUAUUCCAUCAUUCCAAUUUGCCUCCUCUGAAACCAUUGCAUGUGGUCCUUCCUCCUUUCAUUCUGCACAGAGCCAGCCUGAGCUCAGCAGGAAUGCAUUGCCUCCUAUUAACCUCGAGCGUUGGUACCAGGACAUCAUGGCUGCUGGUGAACCUCAGUCUGGUCCUCCACCACUGCCUGCCAAGUCUUUUUCUGCACGCAGACACGGGCAGCUGUUGAAGUCCAAAUCAGAUGGUGAGGUUGGGCAAUCAGCAUUGUGUCCUCCUGUCAGCAGUGCUGCAGCUCCGGCACACUCCAGUGGUGUUGCACAUGACAAAAAUGCAUCCACCAAGGGGUUGCACUUAUUGCUGAGGGAAAUGUCUAACCCAUUAGACAUGGACUCCAGGAGGCUGUUAGCUCUGCAGAGCAAAGAUCUGUCUCCCACGGUCCAUCACUCCAUCCUGCAUCAUCAGUCGCCACCGAGCGGCAACCAGGCGUACGACACUCUGAGCCUGGAGAGCUCAGACAGCAUGGAGACCAGCGUCUCCACUGGCAACUCCGCCUGUACCCCAGAAAGUGCCAGUGGGUUAGAGGCUCAGAGGAUAGAAGAGAUGGAGAAGAUGUUAAAGGAGGCACAGCAGGAGAAAGCCAGGCUGAUUGAAAACCGAGAGAGGGAGGUGCUGGCUCGGCGGCAGAUGUUGGAGGAGGAGCGGAGGAGGCGAGAGGAGGCCGAGAGGAGGCUUCAGGACGAGACGACCCACAGGCAGAGGCUGGUGGAGGAGGAGGUGAAGAUGAGAGAGAAGCACUUCUCCCAGGCCCGUCCCAUGACGCGAUAUCUGCCAAACCGUAAGGAGGAGUUUGACCUACGUGCCCAUGUGGAGUCGUCUGGCCACAGCAUAGAUACCUGCCCCUACAUCAUCCUCACAGAGAAGAUGUGCAAGGGCCACCUGGUGAAGAUGGGUGGCAAAAUCAAAUCGUGGAAGAAACGCUGGUUCGUUUUUGACCGUCUGAAGAGGAACUUCUGUUACUAUGCGGACAAGCAUGAGACCAAGCUGAAAGGACUCAUUUACUUUCAGGCGAUUGAAGAGGUUUAUUAUGAUCACCUACGCAGUGCCGCCAAGAGUCCCAAUCCGUCUUUGACCUUCUGUGUGAAAACUCACGACCGCCUUUACUACAUGGUGGCCCCGUCCCCGGAGGCCAUGAGGAUCUGGAUGGAUGUCAUAGUAACGGGUGCUGAGGGCUACACACAGUUCAUGAGCUGAGGGACCACUGGGUGACAGAUUUGGAGGAUGACAGGGACCGGGCGAGCACCCAGACACCUGAAAGUCAAACUGAGCUGCUCUCUGCUCUCUCGUCCGUUGAAGCGGAGCUGGAGCUGAAAUCAGUAACACGCAGCUUGAUGGUGUGUGACGGAUGGACUCUGAGGAGAUGAAUAAUCCGCGGGCCCUCACAAAAAGCCUCACGCCUUCAAGCAAAUUAGGGCUUGGUAAUGAAACAGGUGCUUUUCAAAAAAUGUAUCUUUUAGCCAGUAUGAGAAGGAAAAUAGUUUGAACAACCUGCCAGUGGAUCGAUGGAGGGAGCUCUCAUCUAGAUCAAUCACAUUCUGUCACCAAAACACAUUUUUAAUAAUUACAAUAUCAUUUCUGGGGCUUCAGGAGAAAUACUUUGAAGAUUUUUUACUUCAUAUAAGCUCGAACUGUUUACACCUCUGAAGCUGAUCUGUGUGUGCAGUGUUAUCAUUCUAACUGAUGCCUUUCUUUGCCUUUUUGAUACAUUUGUACUUUUGUCAGAAGAAAAAAUAAUCUCUUAAUCUUUCAAAACAAUAUUAAGUAAACAUAUUAUAUGAGUAAAUAUUCUAAAAAUAUUUUAAGAGUCAUAAUUAUGUUACUUAUUCAAAUGAAGCAUUACUUGGUGCCAAAUACUUUACGUAAUGUUUUGUCAGGCUGUUACAAUACAAAUGUUGGUAUCGCUCUAUAUAUUGUUCUAAGGGCUUUUCAUUCAAAUAACGCAGCAUUAACAUGUCUGUAUUUUACACAAAAUAUAUCAAAGAGAACCUUUUAUUAGUAUUUUAACAAAAUUCAUAAAUUAGAUUAUAUUAAAGUCCUAUAACAUUAUUGUAAACCUACCAUGUACAUCUAAUAAAUGAAACUAUA